UGUACAUUGACCACAACAGUGAGAACAGCUGUGACUACAACAGGAUGGCCUGCCUUGCUAAAGAGACCUGCUGCCCUGUGCUGGAACCCUUCAGCUACCAUGGCUUUGAUGAAGACUGAUAGGGAAUUAUGAGAUAAAGAAAACUCUGACCAUCCAGCCAUCCACAAUGAGCGCAGCGUUGUCUUUGCAGACCUCUCAAAGAAAGAGAUUCUUCAGGUGCGUGACUACAUGUCCAAGAUCUCUGGGGUGAACAUCUUAUUUGAUCCAUCUUCACGUCUCUCAGCUGACUACCUGUACAUGAUCGAGCUCUCCCUGCCAAGAAAACAGGAGGUUUUGCUCUAUCUGGAUGUCAAUGGAUCAAAACCGGUGAGAGAGGCAACUGCAGUGGUUUUUCAUGGCAGUCAGAACAUCAUAAAGGAAUAUGUUGUUGGCCCACUACCCAACCCAACCUACCACCGAGAUGUGACUGUUGAGAGGUACGAACAGGAGAUCCCUUUAACUGCACGUCCAUUCACUGAAAAGGAAGAAGAACUGAUGCGUUCAUUUCUGCAGCGUGAGCUUAAACCUUUAACUUCACUUCUGUAUGAAAGCUUUGAUUUAAAUCCAUCACAAGACAUUGAUUACUAUGACAGUGAGCCCAGAGGGAUCAAUUCAGGAGACAGACAAUCCUGGAUUACACUCUGUCGAAAUGUGGAGGGCUUUUACAUUCAUCCAACCAGCUUUGAAAUUUUGGUAGACCACAAAAGCACCAAUCAUUUGGAUUGGCAUGUGUUGAAAGUGUUUUAUAAUGAUCAGUACUUUGAUGGUUUAUCAGAACUGAAGCUGCAGUACGAGGCAGGGAGUGUGAAGAAAGUCAUCUACAAACCUGUGCCAAAUUAUGCGUCACUCAAACCCAGGAAGAAACCCACCGGUGUUGGACCCCAACAGUUUUCUGUACGAGGCAAACGAUUCAGUAUAGAGAAAAACAACAUCGUAUACCUUGACUGGAGUUUUGCCUUUGGACUGAGCACUGUCAGAGGUAUGAGAGUUUUUGAUGUUCGUUUUAGAGGGGAGAGAAUCAUCUAUGAACUCAGCGUCCAAGAGGCCAUAUCAGUGUAUGGGUCAGCCACCCCAACUCUCAUACUCUCUGAGUACUUAGAUGGCAGCAUGAGCAUUGGUGCACGUGUCAAUGAGUUGGUCACGGGUGUCGACUGCCCAUAUUCAGCCAGCUACAUUGACACUUUCCAUUUCAUGGACACUGGGGCUCCACAGCAUCUCAGGAACUCAAUUUGUGUCUUUGAGCAUGACAUGGGCCAACCUCUGAGGAGGCACUCUGAGGCUGACUACAAAACCUAUGGAGGACUUGCUAAUAGUGCUCUAGUUUUCAGGACAAUCACAGUUCUAGAAAACUAUGACUACAUUUGGGAUUUCAUUUUCUACCAAAGUGGCUCAGUGGAGGCAAAAGUGCAUGCCUCUGGCUACAUUGCAUCUUCUUUCAAAUUGGACAAUAAUUUCAAAUAUGGUGACCAAGUGGCAGAGAACACCAUUGGAAAUAUCCACACCCAUUUCCUUCACUUCAAAGUGGAUCUUGACAUUUCAGGAGUGAUGAAUGUAUUCCAGACCAAAGACAUGGAGUUUGAGAAUAUCUCUCUUCCUUGGACGGAUGAACCUGCACGUCACACCCAGAUCCCUAAGUUGGUGGAGAAACGGCUUCAAACAGAGAAGGAGGCCGCUCUGCUUAACAAUGCCACGACCCCACGUUUACUCCAUGUUGCAAGUAACCAAACCAACCGGUGGGGUCACCCGCGUUCCUACAGGCUGCAGGUGUUCAGCAACCCUGGGGAUCACCUCCCAGAGAGCCAGAGAGAGGAGAAGGCCAUUUCCUGGGCCAGGUAUAAGGUUGCCAUAACUAAGUAUAAGGACCGGGAGCAGAGCAGCAGCAGCCUGUACAACCAGCAUGAUAUAUGGGAUCCACCUGUUGACUUCAGCAAGUACAUUGAAGAUAACGAAAAUAUCAUAAAUGAGGAUCUGGUUGCCUGGGUAUCCACUGGUUUCCUCCACAUCCCACAUGCAGAGGACAUCCCCAACACUGUGACACUGGGUAAUGGGGGUGGAUUCCUGCUGCGCCCACACAACUACUUUGAUGAGGAUCCAUCCAUCCACUCUGCUGACGGGGUGUACAUUGACCACAACAGUGAGAACAGCUGUGACUACAACAGGAUGGCCUGCCUUGCUAAAGAGACCUGCUGCCCUGUGCUGGAACCCUUCAGCUACCAUGGCUUUGAUGAAGACUGAUAGGGAAUUAUGAGAUAAAGUAUGCUUCUUCCUUUGUGUUUUUGUUUGAUUUGAGUCUUACUUAAACUGCAGUCAGGACAUGAUUAUUAUUUUGAAUAUACAACAAUAAUUCCACAAAAGUUGGAGUGCUGUGUAAAAUGUAAAUAUAAACAGAAUGGAAUGAUUUUCAAAUCUCAUAAACUCAUAUUUUAUUCACAACAGGAUAUUAAAAAAAACAUAUCAGAUGUUUCAACUGAGACAUUUCACCAUUUCACGAAAAACAUAAGCUCAUAUUGAAUUUGAUGGCAUCAACACAUGUCAAAAAGGUAGGGAUAGGGUUGUGUUUGCCAUUGUGUAGCAUCCCCUCUACAUUGAUAAAAAGUCUGUAAACAUCUGUAAACAACACCUCUAAACAAGUGAGGAGACCAGUUGCUGGAGUUUUGGGAGAGGAAUGUUGUCCCGUUCUUGUCUGAUGUAGGACUCUAGCUGCUCAACUGUCCUGAGUCUUCUUUGUCAAUUUUAUGAUGCACCGAAUGUUUUCUAUUAGUGACAGGUCUGGACUGCAGACAGGCCAAUUCGGCACCCUGACUCUUCUACUGUGAAGCCAUGCCGUAGUGAUGGGUGCAGAAUGUGGUUCAGCAUUGUCUUGCUGAAAUAUGCAAGGCCUUCCCUAAAGAACAUGUUGUCUUGAUGGGAGUAUAUGUUGCUCUAAAACCUCUGUAUACCUUCAGCAUUAAUAGUGCCUGUACAGAUGUGUAAGAUGCCCACACCACAGUCAGUUGCAUUGAUUAUGUGUAAUUGAUUUCUUCAGAUAAAAAACUAAUUAACCACUUCUUAUUAACCACACUUUCUUUCUUAACUUCUUUUCCUGUUUGCAUUUUGAUCAAAACAUGAUUUUACAAAAACAUGACUGGGUUAACCUUGCAAAGCAGAUGGAUAUGCCCAUUUCUGUGUUCCUCACUGGCAAAUCCAUCUAGCAAAGCUCCCAUCCAAACUGUUAGGGCCCGGUUAGAAAGUGACAGGACCAAUCAGUGACGAGGUGCAGUACUUUCAGACACGGCAGAGUCAUGACGUAAACAAGCAGCAGCAAGAGGCCAGAGCUUUGGG